AAAUGGACGACGACGGAUGUCAAGGGCGUUGACGGUAUCGCCUCUCUCGUCUUGUGCCUUUCAUUUCAGAACUACUCGCGCCUCACUUCUGCCCCUCCCUCGCUCCCUCUCCCUCUCUCUCCCUCUCCUUCCCUUCCUUCCCUGUAGUCCGAGAGUUGUGUUUGUGUGUUUCGGUAGUAGUAGGAGAGGGAGGGGAGGGGAGGGGAGGGCAGGAGGGCAGGAGAGGAGAGGAGAGGAGGCAGAGGGAGCUUCUGGACGACAGACAGACGGCGAGAGAGCGAGUGGCAAAGCGAGCAGCCGGUGUCCGGAAGGAUUCGUGUGCUCUGUGUGAGAGAGGUAGAGAGAGAUAGAGAGUGUGCGUCGUGUGUGUUUGUGUGUGAGAGUGAUUGAGUGAGUGAGUGAGUGAGUGAAUGAGGGAUUGAUAGUUCAAAUUAGCUAGAGAGUCCGAGAAUUAGUAUCCUGUGGUUGUGAUAGGAAGAUUCUGCGUGUGCGGGUUGUUUUUCGUUUGGUGUGGUUAGAAUUUGAGAGGAGUGAGCUUUGUUAGGGAAGCGAGUGAGAAAUCGAUUGUGGAGUAGAGAUGAGAGGAGCAGGAGGAGGUGGAGGAGGCGGUGGUGGUGCCGGUGGUGGAGUUGGCAAUGGAGGAGGGAACGGAGCGGGCGGUGCCGCAGAUGAUCGCAUAAAGGGCCCAUGGUCGCCCGAGGAGGAUGUGAUUCUGAGCAAGCUCGUCGACAAAUUUGGUGCCCGGAACUGGAGCUUGAUUGCCAGGGGAAUUCCCGGUCGCUCGGGGAAAUCCUGUCGCCUGCGCUGGUGUAAUCAGCUGAAUCCAGUCGUGAAGCGGAAGCCUUUCACUGAGGAGGAGGACCGGGCGAUCGUGACCGCGCAUGCGGUGCACGGGAACAAGUGGGCGUCGAUAGCGCGAAUGCUGCCCGGGCGUACGGACAACGCCAUCAAGAACCACUGGAACUCGACGCUGCGGCGGAAGUAUUUGGGCGACGACCGGGGGCGCAAGGGCGAGGGCUCGUCGGGCGAUGACACGAGAGCCGGCAAGGACGAGGGCUCCACGGACGGAUCGUCCGACAAAGUGAAGGGCGAGGUCAGCGACACGGAUCGCAGCAAGGCCGGCGACGCCGAGAUGGACAUGGAUGGCGCCGACAACGAUUCGCAAGGCAAGGACGCCGACGAGCGCGAUGUCUCGUCCGAGCAGUCGUGGCCUUCUUUCGACGAUGCUCGCGCCGCUGCGGCCGAGAAAAUCAUCGAGGCCGAAACCACCACUACGACGACGACCACCACCACCACCACAUUCGACAGCCGCCGAGGCAGCCCCGGCGAAUCCUCCAAAGGCGAUCCUGGCCAGGUCCAAAAUCUGUCUCCAGACGGAGGAGUGGACGAUGUGCAGCAGCAGCAGCAGCAGCAUCAGCAGCAUCAUCUUCAUCAGCAGCAGCAGCAGCAAGCAGUGAACUUCUUCCCUGCAGCUGCGCCACAUUCGGCCGUGGUGGUCAGGCCCACGCCGCGCAGCGCUUUCAGCAGCUACGACCCGAACAACGUGAGGCCGCCGCCCAAGAAGGAGGAGAACAGCGGCGGCGCGGCGGGUAUGUUCUCGUCGCCUUACAUUCAUCGGCCGCUGUCGCUCUCGCUCUCUCUGCCGUCGUCUGCCAACUUCGACGACGAGUGCCCCACCUCGGGCUCGCACAACCCGGCUCGAUCUCUGGCCGGGCCCUUCUGGACGCCGCCCCGAUGGAAUGCCACUCCCGAUGUGCCGAAUUUCUGCGGCCGCGGCUGCUGCCCUCCCCAAGGCUAUGGCAUGUCCCACGGCGCCAGCAUCUCGCCCAAAGGCCCGCUCAUGGGCCCCGAGUAUCACGAUUUCGCCGAUGAGUACGCCUCGACGAAGGUCGGCGCCGCUCCUCCUCCCUAUGCUCCCUUCCCGUUCCCCAUGAGCAGCAGCAGCCCCUGCGUUUCCAGCGGCAUGAUGCCCUCUGCUGGCGGCCCUGUGCCUCCUCCGGUGGCUUACGGGCAAUCCCCCGAGGUUUUGACGGCGGCCAUCAACAUGGCGCUGGCGCAAGUGAUGAUGCCCAUGCUCAGCGGCCAGAACCCCCAAUCCGAAGGCUGCUUCGCCAGCGACAGCUCCAUUCCCCCCGGCAGCAACCCCCUGGUCGAGGUUCUGCGCGGCAUUGUCGCUCGUGAGAUCUCGCAGUACACCUCGGCCAUGAUUCAGGCGCAGCAGCAGAACCUCGACGGGCUGAAGCAACAGAACCCGUAGUAGGGCAGCUCCUGCCUGCCUGCCUUCUGCUCGAGGCUUCUUGCAAUUCCACGGAGGGAGGAGGAACCCCGAUGCGCGCGCACCCCCGGUCGGUAAUUUUCACGGCAUCACUGCUUCUUCUUCUUCUUCUUCCUCUUCCUCCCGCCUGAAGGUGCUCGAGCGUCGGAGCUGUCAUCAUCAUCAUUAUCAUCGAAUGGAGGUACUUGAGAACUCCUCGGCGGCCUCGACUCCCGAAUGGAGCUCAGCAGCAACCUGCCUGAUUCAGCGAGGUCCAGAUCAGAGCCGGGCAAACGUGUUCCACGGAGCUGCGUUUGUAGCAAGUGCUGCUGGACCUGUCUGUCAUCGAGGACAAGUCUUGAUCGGCUGUCAUGCGGAGCCUGUAUAUAUUUCGACGACUCGUCAUAGAUUCUUGUCAUUGCUCCCGAGGUAGCAGAGUGGACGAGUCCAUAGAUUUCGAAGCGUGAAGAGAACGACGGUGUACCCUUAGCUGGUGGUUUCCCUUGACUUUUUGUAUCAUCCUGCAUCAUCGAGAAGCUUAUCAGCUUCUCAGUCAGAAGAAUUUGCGGGUCAUAUUAGACUAGACAGAGAGAGACAGCGAAUGCUUUUCCGGUAGAUUAGGUUUCUUAAUUGUCGAGAACCUCAUUCAGUCAGUGUCUGUCGUGUGUUCUCGACGGAUCAUGUCAUCGACACGGGGUUUAUUUGCUCCAUGGUCUGUACUUUGAGAGUGUUGUAUCAGGUAAAAAAAAUUAGCUUAAACACUUGAGAGAGACUUGUAGUUUUGAAUGUAAGUGGUUUGCUACCGUAGAUUAUGUCUAUCCCCUCCCCUCUGCCGCAGGACUAGUCUUCCAAGCUAAUCCUGGACGAUGGCUCUUGUGCAUAGCUGAAACUUAGGUAGGACUCAUGUCAUUAUUGUACAUGUAGAAAAAGGUGACAAAUCUUCUUAUCCAAGCGUGAUUUUCUGUUUUUUC